UCGAUGCCUCACGUGUCCUGGACUGUCUCUCUCACAUGACCCGAGUGUUUGUUCCCGUGAUCAGCACUUCCAUCUCUGUUUCAGUCUGUCACAGUAUAUCGCAUUUUAAUCCUUACCCUGAUGGAUAUGCUUGAACAGGGUCUGGACAACACGUCAAGCCACGAAAAACAAGAGGAAGAGGUUGUUCAAAUAACUGAAGAAACCACUCCUGGUGUGGAGCAGACUGCGGUUACUAUAGCAAAUGUUCAACAGGCCUCAGCGUUUACUGACCACAAUAUUCAGUAUCAGUUCCGCACUGAGAACAGCGGCGGGCAGGUGACAUACCGUGUUGUCCAGGUGACCGAUCAGUCUCUGGAGGGGACUGAUGAGGGCAGUGGGACAGUGAGCGUAGUCUCUGCUGCAGCAUUUGCCAGUGCCCCACAGGCUGUUGCCCAGGCGGUGAUCCAGAACCCGUUCAGCAAUGGUGGCAGCCCCGCUGCAGAAACCGCGGCAGGAGAGACGCGCUUCGCCUAUUUCCCAGCAGCUACUGUGAGUGACGGCACGGCCGUUUCAGUCCAAGCCACGGCCGACCCCGCGCUCACACAGGGGGGUCAGUUCUAUGUGAUGAUGACCCCCCCUGAUGUUCUCCAGUCUGGCACACCGCGCACCAUUGCCCCACGCACGCACCCAUACACCGCACAAGAAGUUGGGCAGCUGCAGGAAGACCCGUCAAGCUGGAAAGUGGACGGGACGCGCACGCCCAGAGAUGAGAGGAGGCGAGCGCAACACAACGAAGUGGAGAGGCGGCGGAGGGACAAGAUCAACAACUGGAUUGUCACGCUGUCCAAAAUCAUCCCCGAUUGCAACAUGGACAGCAGCAAGACCGCAGCGAGUAAAGGCGGAAUCCUCUCCAAGGCAUGUGACUACAUCCGUGAGUUAAGACAAACCAAUCAGAGACUGCAGGAAAGUUUCAAGGAAGUGGAGCGCAUUCAGGUGGACAAUGAGCUGCUCAGACAGCAGAUUGAGGAGCUGAAGAACGCUAAUGCACUGUUGCGUGCCCAGCUGCAGCAGCACGGCAUGGAGGUGGUUUUGGAGGCGGCGCCCCAGUGACCGCAGGCAGAGGUGGCCCUGAGAAGGAGACGCAGAGGCAGCGUGGUGGCGGUGGUGGGGGAGGGGGGGGGCCAGGACGCGGACGUCUCUCUAAAGGUAGUGGACAGAGAGACACACACACACACGUGUGUGUUCCAGUACAGGAGGAUCAGCUCCAUGAAAGAGUGAGCGGACGAAAAGCCUAAAACUUUGAAAGACUGAGACCUGAAGACUCCCACUGUGCACUCUCCCACCUCCCCUCCCGACCUUCACCUUCAUGUGGGUGGCUUGCAUCUGGCUGCCUUGCCUUUUUCCCCCCUGUUUGGACCACUGGAGACCGCGGUCACCUCGCUGGUGCUGUUUGGUGUCUAUUCUGCACUGGACUGCAGUUCCCGAUUCAUCUUUAAUUCCAUUUGUGUUCCCUCCACAGCUACCCCCACCCCACCCCCACCCCUCAGGGCAAUUUCUCCUGGUGAAACUGCAGCCAUUACCAGCAGUCCCCUGGUAUUCCUGCUCCCUGCAUCAUCAAUAUUGCAAUAUUUAUUCAGUCAGAUACAGUAUGUGAUGCAUGACACGGAGGAUGUUUGUGCUGUUUAUAAUUUUUUUGAAGAUUCCUUGGAUUUAUAGUUUCUAUAUCAACUUGAUAAACAUAUGAUGUUAUUUCAGCCCUACCCCCACCAAUACUUCAUCCUACUCUACCCCACUUUGCUUUCUCACCUCACACACCACUGUCGUCUUUUCCACCGCCCCUUUUCUUAAAUGUGUCCUUACAUCAGCCUAACACCUCUUGAUUUAAUCCUUGAACAGGCCGGGUGUAUGCAUGAGAGACAACUGAACACUGCACAACGCAUAAUCCACUAAGCCUCCUGAAUAGUCGAAGGCACAACUCCUUAAACACAAGGUGUCGAUCUGAACUGUCGAAAUAGAAGGCCCUGUUUGAAGAGAUUGCUUUCUUAUCACAUGUCAACCUUGAAGGGACACCGGUCGUGUUUGACUGAACAGAGGAGGAAGAAAUAGUACUGCUUGUGUAUAUUAUGAUCAGAUAUCUCGCGUGGAAGGGUAGAAGAAGGUAUUUUUGUUUUUUGUUUUUUUUUGGGGGGGGGAGGUCCUUCAAGGCAGCAACUGUGAGAUCGGGUUUUUGUGCUAACCUUGCCGUUAGUGAAUAAUGAAGGCCAAGGGGGAAAAAAAUUAUACCUGACAACACUCUGAAGCUAAUCGAUUGCUAUAAUUAGUCAGUCACAUACAAAAAGACCACGGGGACCCUGUUCUCACUAAUGCCCCUCAGUAGCACAGUAGCCUACCCUUAAAGUGUAUUUUUCUGUGUGUUGACCGAGAUGGAAGAGCUGGUGGAACUGUUACUUUCAGGAGAAAUUCCAGCUUGGGAUCUGAUGUAUGGGAACUUCUAUUUAGUUAUUUGUUAAAUAGUGGUGCCAGACAUGAUGCACAUUUUAUUUGAAUGAUGAUUGUUUCAAAUCAAUGACUUAAAACCCACUACUGAAUAUACAUUAGGCUCAUAAUCAUCUUUAAUUUAAGAGGUUUGAUGUAUUGCUGAGGCAAGCCAGAUUUCUCAACCCAGACCAUAAUUACAAACAGACCUUGCAGCACCAUGUCCAUUUUAUCAGGAGGGAUACAUUGACAUUAGAGCAUAUUAUUGUAUAUGAUCCUGAAUUUUAGAUUCCUUGGAGACCGUGUCAGCCACUGUGGCCUAAUCGUAGGGACUCAAGCUUAUGCUGAACAUGACCAGUUGUCAUUAGCAGCGAUCUCAGCCCAUUGCCAAUCAUCAGCUUCAUAUGAAAAUAAAAGGACUACUUUUUACAAAGCAUUGCAAAUGCAACGAGUCAUCACCUGUCAUAUUUAGCCAGUAUGAGAGGAGGGACAUUGUGAGUACCGCAAUUGACAAAUUGUGCUCUCUGUCUUGUUAUCAUUAUUUUUUCUGGCUGUGCCCAAAGUGCAGUGAUUUGAAGAAUAUUAGCAAAUUUGGGUUUAUGCCCAGCAGUUUUGUCAAAGAAAAAAAAAUGGUGCUCAAGACAUUCUGUUUACUACAUCUGUGAGGUGAUAUGCUGGCAACAAGACCAAAGGCAUUUCAAGGACGUUUCAGCCUCACUGAGACUGUCGCGGAUGCCAAAAUUCCUGAUUGAAUCCCACCCCUAAAUAUGCAAAGAAAUUUGGUCUUUCUAUGAGCCUAAGCAAUAAGGCAAAUAAACUCCUGAUUGGUCAAAUACUUGGCUUUGAGGCCCUCAGUUAAAGUGUUUUGUUUAUUGGGUCUGUAUAGUUCCUGACUGAUCAUGGCCGAUUUGUGAAGAAUGUACAUCAAUUUGCCGUUUCUUUUUAGGCUAAUUCUCUAAAGUCUAUUGUUGUCAGUUCCCUACAUGGGUUUGCCUAGAGUUUAUUGUGAUUUGUUUUCAUUUUGAUUUUUAUUAAUUAUCAUUUGUCCUCAUUAUGUUUCAACUGAAUGCUAAUUAUUUUAUUAUAAUUUCUUCCCCACACCCAUCUGGUAUUGGGUGGGGGUGGAGUAGUCCACUGUCUUUGAAAUUUGAAACGAUGAACAGACACCAAUAUUUUGUAAUGUUUGUUACUUCAUCAUUAUCAUCUGCCUUCUCGACGUGAGGAAGAUCAGAAGAGAGCUCUGUGGUGCUUUUUUUUCUUAAGAAAAAUAAACUCCUUUCUACUCAGUU